GGCCCGGGAAUUUCCCCGCGGCGCGGCGGUCAGCUGAGCAGCGCUGGGCGUCGUCGCGCGGCCGCCACUCAGCCCGAGCUCCCGGCCGGUGCCCUGGUCGCGUCUGCAUCCGGGUCCGGAUCCCGCCCCCAGCGGGCACGAUGCCCAGAAAGCCGUGACCCGGAGAGAGGCGGGAGCGCCGGGAAUCGUGGUCCCACCAUGUCCCACCAACCACGUGUCUGCCGGACUGAAAAGGGGGACAGCUCCAGUGAGGCCACCGGAAAUGGGCCCCCUAGCCUGGCCCACCCGAACCUGGACACGUUCACACCCGAGGAGCUGCUGCAGCAGAUGAAGGAGCUCCUCACUGAGAAUCAUCAGCUGAAGGAAGCCAUGAAGCUGAAUAACCAGGCCAUGAAGGGACGCUUCGAGGAGCUGUCUGCCUGGACAGAGAAACAGAAGGAAGAACGCCUUUUCUUUGAGACCCAGAGCCGAGAAGCCAAAGAGCGCCUGUUGGCUUUGAGUCAAGAAAAUGAAAAACUGAAGGAAGAAAUUAGAACCCUCAAAGGGAGAACAGAGAGGACCCUGGAGGACCCCUGUAAGGACCCCAGGGUCCCCACAGCUGAAGGGGAACGGGAAGUGGAGCAGCUGAAGACGCAGGUGGGGCGCCUGCAGGCUGAGAAGGCCGACCUGCUGGGCAUCGUGUCUGAGCUCCAGCUGCAGCUGGGCUCGGGCACCAGCUCCUCCGAGGACUCCUUCGUGGAGAUCCGGAUGACCGAAGGAGGGGUGGACGUGGCCACGAAGGACCUGAAUCCUAACCCCAGGCCCGCCCGGGCGGAUCCCUUGGACACGAGCAAAUCAGCGGAAGGUCCCAGGAAUCAUCUGGAAUCUGAGGAAUUAACUGUGAGUCAGCUCCUCCUCUGUCUGCGAGAAGGAAACCAGAAGGUGGAGAGCCUCGAACUCGCACUCAGGGAAGCCAAGGAAAGAAUUUCCUAUUAUGAAAAGCGAGUCCCCACUCACGCUGAGACCGAGACGCAGACAGAAGGGUGCACAGACCGCGAGGAUGAAGAGGAGCAGGGCCCAGAGAGUGUGGGGAGUGAGGUCCAAAUGCUGAACCUGCAGGUGACGAACCUGUUCAAGGAGCUGCAGGAGGCGCACACGAAGCUCAGCGAGGCGGAGCUGAUGAAGAAGAGGCUGCAGGAGAAGUGUCAGGCCCUCGAGAGGAAAAAUUCUGCAAGCCCGUCCGAGCUGAAUGAGAAGCAGGAGCUCAUCUACAAGAACAGAAAGUUGGAGCUCCAGGUGGAGAGCAUGCGGUCAGAAAUCCAGAUGGAGCAGGCGAAAACCGAGGAGGAGAAGGCCAGAUUGGCCGCUCUGCAGACGGCGCACAGCACCUUGCUCCAGGAACACAAUCACACUCUGAGGACUGUCGAGGAGCUCGGAAGGAAAGAGUCAGAGAGAGUGGAGAGGGCGGAGGUCCAGGAGCUGCGGGAGAAGCUGGAGGCGGCGGAGAAGGCCCUGGCGGCCAAGCAGCUGCAGAUGGACGAGAUGAAGCAGACCAUCGCGAGGCAGGAGGAGGGGCUGGAGACCAUGGGUGUGCUUCGGGCUCAGAUGGAGGUUUACUGCUCGGACUUUCAUGCUGAGAGGGCGGCGAGAGAGAAGAUUCACGAAGAGAAGGAGCAGCUGGCCCUACAGCUCGCGCUUCUGCUGAAGGAGAAUGACGCGUUUGAGGAUGGCAGCAGGCAGUCCCUCAUGGAGAUGCAGAGCCGCCACGGGGCGCGUGCAGGUGACUCGGAACUACAGACGUAUCUGGUCCCGAGAGGAGCCGAGGAUCGGAACUGGCCGCCGCCGCGGACCCUGCCCAUCCACUCCUGCCCCAAGUGCGGAGAAGUCCUCCCAGACAUCGACACACUCCAGAUCCACGUCAUGGACUGCAUCAUCUAGGCGGGGCAGCACCGCUUCCCUAAGCCGUUGUUGUGUUACUCGUUUUUUAUGCUAACGUUUUGACGCGUUAUGUUUGUUUUAGGAGACAGGAAAUGGGUGUCUGAUAGUUUUGGAUUUCUAUCGACUGGUGGGACAGAGUCCUCCACAGAACAUGCUUCUGCUGAGGAACUCGCUCAGACCCAUCCCCGGUGGGACAGACUCCAGGAAUGCCGGGCAGGAGCAGCCACGAGGCGUUUUAAGAAGCCCGUAAAGGAAGCAGGAGAGAUGAAGGGACAGAAAGGAAACCUCUCCAGCAUUGUUUUCCGAUGUCGUGCUAGUGGUCUCCGUCCAUUCAAAGCGUGUGUCUGUUGUGAUGCAGUGGGCACCGCAUGGCUGUCCUGGGAGCUCGGGGCUGCAGUGGCACAGCAUCACGAGUGCGAGGUGUUGGCAAAGCACAGAGAGAGGCGCCAGGCUCCUGGCUCCCCGCCGCCGUCAGCUCUCCCAUGGCGCUGCCAAGAGCCGGUCUUGUACAGUAUAUAGUUUAUUAGUUUCCGGAAAGAACCGCUCUCUAAUUUCCUUCCUGUAUAUUCAUGAUCACAGAAAAUAGUUGGUGCAAAAUAAAAUUUG